AUGGUCGGGUCGUAUUUCUCCAUAAAGUUCCCAGACACAAAUCGGACGACCAGUUUACUUUAUCUAUCUAUCUAUCUAUCUAUCUAUCUAUCUAUCUAUCUAUCUAUCUAUCUAUCUUCUUAUCACUUUAAUACACAGAGAGAAAGCGCAACUUUCUUUCUCCGUAAAAAAACAAACGUAACUAUAUUUCUCUGUAAAAAAAACGCAACUUUCUUUCUCCGUAAAAAACGCAACUUUCUCCGCAAAAACGCAACUUUCUCCGUAAAAGAUCCAAAUUUCUUUCCCCGUAAAAAACGCAACUUUCUUUCUCCGGAUGUAAGUAUAAAAUAUCUAUCUAUCUAUCUAUCUAUCUAUCUAUCUAUCUAUCUAUCUAUCUAUCUAUCUAUCUAUGUCUCAGUCUAUUCAUCUCUCUCUCUAUCUAUGUCUGUUUCUCUAUCCCAAUCUGUUCAUCUCUCGCUAUCUAUCUAUCUAUCUAUCUAUCUAUCUAUGUCCCUCUCUCUCUGUCUCAAUAUGCUCGUAUCUAUCUAUCUAUCUAUCUAUCUAUCUAUCUAUCUAUCUAUCUAUCUAUGUCUCAGUCUAUUCAUCUCUCUCUCUCUCUCUCUCUCUCUCUCUCUCUCUAUCUAUGUCUGUUUCUCUGUCCCAUUCUGUUCAUCUCUCGCUAUCUAUCUAUGUCCCUCUCUCGAUGUCUCAUGUUCGUAUCUAUCUAUCUAUCUAUCUAUCUAUAUAUAUAUAUAUAUAUAUAUAUAUAUAUAUAUAUAG